UCUGUUUCCUGUUUUGUAACACAACCAAUGUGCAUAUUACAAAAGAGAAAAUUAUAGAACGGYGCGAAGAGAUCCCGGUAGGGGUAAGAUCACCAGGAAAUGGCUCACGUGUGCAUACACUGGUUCCGUAAGGGACUCCGGUUACAUGACAACCCAGCACUGAUGGCUGCACUGACAGACUGUAAAGAGCUUUACCCUGUGUUCAUCCUGGACCCUUACCUUCACCACACCAAAGUUGGCAUCAACCGCCAGAGGUUCCUCAUCGGGGCACUCAAAGACCUGGACUGCAGCCUGAGGAAACUCAACUCCAGACUGUUUGUCCUGAGGGGGAAACCAGAAGAUGUGUUCCCAAAAUUGUUCAACAGGUGGAACGUAACAAAGCUUACUUAUGAGUAUGACACAGAGCCGUACAGUCUACGUCGGGAUGAGAGAGUGGCCAGUCUGGCAAAGGAACACGGAGUCGAUGUCAUCUACAAAAUCUCCCACACGCUUUACAAUAUAGAAAGAAUAAUUGAAGAAAACAAUGGAAAACCUCCUCUAACUUACAAACGUUUGCAAGCAAUAGUGCAAAAUCUUGGUCCACCCAAGAAACCAAUCCCUGCUCCAACUUUGGAAAACAUGAGAGAUGUUAAGACUCCUCGCUCACAGAAGUAUGAGGACGAAUACAGGAUUCCAACUUUAGAGGAGCUUCAACUGGACUCACAGUUUCUGGGAGAGGAGCUGUUUCCUGGAGGAGAACAGGAAGCUCUGAGAAGACUAGAUGAACACAUGAAAAGAACGGGAUGGGUGUGUAGCUUUGAGAAGCCUCAGACUUCUCCAAACUCCCUGAGUCCCAGCACCACGGUCCUGAGUCCUUACGUCACCUUUGGGUGCCUCUCAGCAAGAACGUUCUGGUGGAGGCUCACUGAGGUGUACCGGGGGAGAAAGCAUUCGGCUCCUCCAGUGUCCCUUCAUGGUCAGUUGCUCUGGAGAGAGUUUUUCUACACCUGCAGUGUGGGGAUCCCUAAUUUUAACAAAAUGAAUGACAACCCAGUGUGCACAAAGGUGGAUUGGGACACAAACCAGCAAAAUCUUGCUGCAUGGAGAGAGGCUCGGACUGGUUUCCCCUUCAUUGAUGCAAUCAUGACUCAGCUGAGGCAGGAGGGCUGGAUCCACCACCUGGCCCGACAUGCUGUCGCUUGUUUUCUCACCAGAGGAGACCUGUGGAUCAGCUGGGAAGAAGGACAGAAGGUCUUUGAGGAUCUCUUACUGGAUGGUGACUGGGCUCUGAAUGCAGGAAACUGGCAGUGGCUGUCGGCAAGUGCUUUCUUCCACCAGUUUUUCAGGGUUUACUCCCCCAUCGCGUUCGGUAAAAAGACGGACAAAAACGGAGACUACAUUAAAAAGUACCUUCCUCUGCUGAAGAAGUUUCCACCAGAGUACAUYUAUGAGCCUUGGAAGGCUCCCCGCAGUGUCCAGCAAGCAGCAGGAUGCAUUGUGGGAAAAGACUACCCACAUCCAAUAGUACAGCACGAACAGAUCAGCAAGAAAAACAUUCAGAGAAUGAAGGAGGCUUAUGCUAAGAGGUCUUCAGACAACAAUGAGUCACCUAUCAAAAAGCAAGGUGUGAAGCGAAAUGCUCCAUCUGUCAUUGAAAUGCUGCAGAAGAAGAGCAGGAAAGAGUAAUGGGACACAAUGAAGAAAAUGUACAAAUCACUUAAUAAUUACCACAAAGCAAUCUUUAUCAUAAGUUACUGAAUAUAUUAAGGAUUUUGGGACCUUGUAUAAAAAAUGUUCUGUCUGACCUUUUUAUUAUGCAUAUCAUAAAUCAUUUUCCCUUUGUGUUAAAUGUUUAAAAGGUACUGGGAGAAAAAAAGUUGCAUUUAAAGUUAAGCUGAUAAGCAGCGCAGGAGUUGAUGAGUUGCAAACAGAAGAAUCUGAGCAAAGACGUCUUGCACCUAAAAAUKUUACUUUUUCCUCAAAUUAAUAUUUAGACUAAGAUUACUGGAUAUCUUAUUAUUAACCCUAAAAGUAUUUUUAUUGUUUCUUGCCUUCUAGCUAAAGUAAGUGCCUUUUAUUUUACAUAUYGCUGCAAACCUAUUUCUGCCUAAAUAAAGACGAUGCGAAAUAUAAUUGGUGCUAAUUAUC